CUAUUCCUCCCACUGACACCAUGAUGGGGCACUAUUCCCCCACUGUACGCCGCAGAUGAUGGGGCAUAUUCCACCCACUGACACAAUUGAUGGGGCACUAUUCUUCCCAUGACUUGCCACUGAAUGGGGCCACUAUUCCUCACCUCUGACACCAAUGAUGGGUCUCACUAUUCCUCCACUGACUGCAAUGAUGGGGUCACUAUUCCUCCCCCUGACACUAAAACGAAUGGGGCACUAUUUCCAUUUCCCAAUGAUAGGGCAUAUCCUCCCACUGACUUCACCAUAUGAUGGGGACAAUAUUCUCCACUGACACCAAUGAUGGGGCACUAUUCCUGACCCACUGACAGAUUCCCCCAAUGAUGGGGGGCACUAAUGUGGCACUAUUU